UUCGGGUGGCUGAUCCUUUUCGGGGUGUGUGUGCGUGUGGAUGUGUGUGCUCGAAGUGGGAGCGGCGAUAAUGAGAUGCGUGUGAAGCCACCUAGUCCCGGGAGGAGACGGAGUUGCUCGGAGCCUCAAAUGGUAGAAAGGAGGUGUGUGUGUAUUUGUAGAGAGGAAGAACCAUGUACUGGAUACUAUAAUAUGGGUAUGGAGAAAGCUAAAUUCUACUUUUCUCCUUGAAACUACUUCCUGAUCAGGCAGUUCAAAACAAUUCAAAAUGCUACAGACUACCACUGUGAACCCAGCGCUUCUGUUCACUGUACUUGUAUUCGUAGAAACUUUGUUUCUUCCUUUUGUAAGAUGAACAUCUUCUAAAGAUGAACGCUCAGAGAUAAUUGAGGGUAUCCUUAUUUUUUCAUCUCUGUUAAAUGCAACACGGACAUCUAGAAACGGAAAAGAUUCAUCCAAGGCAAUAUUUGUGAUCCAGGACAUUGUCCAUUUUUUAAAAAACUGACAAGUGCAUUGACACAUUUUAACUGCAUGCAUGUUUUUGAAUUUUUCAGUGCAAUAAAUCUAAGUGUGGUGUUUGAUACAUCCCCCCCAGCCCUGAAGCCAAGUCUAAGGUUGCCUCAGAAGUAGUGCAAUGAAAAGCUUGUGUGAAAAAAACAAUGUCUAUUUCUGUUUCUGAAGAGAACAAUUUUAUAAUGAUGUAAGCCUCUCCCAACAUCUGGAUGUGGUGCUAAAAGCAAAGUGUUUUUUAUCAGCUGAUGGGAAGCUGUGCAAAGAAGACCUUUCAUUAUAAUAACUUCUGGCCAAAAUAAUCUUAAACAUCAUCAUGCACAGAAUGAAAAAGAAAAUGAAGAUGACUUUGAAUGAGGACAAAUGAAAGAGGACAUUUUUGGGAACCAUAAAAGGGAAACACGUGAUUAUACUUGUAACACUUCAGGGUAAAGGAGAAAAGAGCACACUUUAUUGACUAUUGAGCAGGUCUUGACGGAUUUAAAUCAAGUCAGAUGUCAUCAAACGAAUCUUCUCCUCCAUCCUUACAGAAGUUUUCCCCAUCUGUGUCCCAUGCUGCUGCUCCACCUACUCCUUCUUUAUCUUCAAGUCCACAGUCCGGGCUCUCAGGUCGACUGUCCAAUGGCAGCUUCAGCACACAAAGCCUCACCAACUCCAGGGGCUCUGUGCAUGGAAUCUCCUUCCUACUCCAGAUUGGUCUCACUCGCGAAACUGUUACAAUUGAGGCUCAAGAUAUCUCCCUUUCUGUUGUCAAAGACCUAGUGUGCUCUGUAGUUUACCAAAAGUUCCCAGAGUGUGGGUUUUUUGGCAUGUAUGACAAAAUUCUCUUGUUUCGCCAUGACCUGAACUCAGAAAAUAUUUUACAGCUGAUUACUUCAGCUGAAGAAAUACGUGAAGGUGACCUUGUUGAGGUUGUUCUGUCAGCAUUGGCUACAGUUGAAGACUUCCAGAUUCGUCCCCACAUGCUUUAUGUGCAUUCUUACAAGGCCCCCACUUUUUGUGACUAUUGUGGAGAGAUGCUUUGGGGCUUGGUACGGCAGGGGUUGAAAUGUGAAGGGUGUGGAUUAAACUACCACAAGCGAUGUGCCUUCAAGAUCCCAAACAACUGCAGUGGAGUGAGGAAGAGGCGUUUAUCUAAUGUAUCUCUGCCAGGAGCUUCACUUUCAGUCCCACGAUCAGUACAAACUGAAUAUGCAGCCACAGCCACAACCACAGAAGAGCGUUGUCAUCCAGAGCCCAGUAAGAGGAUUCCUUCUUGGAGUGGGCGCCCAAUAUGGAUGGAAAAAAUGGUUCUUUGCCGGGUGAAGGUUCCACAUACCUUUGCUGUUCAUUCUUAUACUCGGCCCACCAUUUGCCAGUACUGCAAACGGCUUCUCAAGGGCCUCUUUCGCCAAGGAAUGCAGUGUAAAGAUUGCAGGUUUAAUUGUCACAAACGUUGUGCCUCUAAAGUACCUAAAGAUUGUCUUGGAGAAGUAGUGUUCAAUGGAGAACCGGCUAGUCCAGGUCAAGAUAUUGAUAUGCCAAUGGAGGUUGACAGCAAUGAAAUGAAUAAUGAUGGUGGUAGGGGCUUGGAUGAUGUGGAAGAACCCUCUCCUCCAGAAGACAAAAUAUUUUUUAUGGAUCCAGCAGAUCUUGAUGGGGACAAAGAUGAAGAGGCAGUCAAAACCAUCAGCCCAUCGACAAGCAAUAAUAUUCCAUUAAUGAGGGUUGUGCAGUCAGUCAAGCACACGAAGAGGAAGAGCAGUACAAUGGUGAAGGAAGGCUGGAUGGUGCAUUACACUAGCAGAGACAACCUGAGAAAAAGACAUUACUGGAGACUGGAUAGCAAAUGUCUUACGCUAUUUCAGAAUGAAUCUGGGACAAAGUAUUACAAGGAGAUUCCACUUUCUGAAAUUCUUCAGGUGACUCAGCCACGGGAUUUCUCUAACAUGGUGCAGGGCAGCAACCCUCACUGCUUUGAAAUAAUAACUGACACAAUGGUGUACUUUGUUGGUGAGAACAAUGGCAGCAGCCACCACAACCCUGUUUUAGCUGCCACUGGCGUUGGACUGGAUGUCGCACAGAGCUGGGAGAAAGCUAUUCGUCAGGCUUUGAUGCCAGUCACACCUCAGGCUAGCAUUUGCACUGCUGCAGGCCAAGGGAAAGACCACAAAGAAUUGUCUGUCAGCAUUUCGGUUUCAAAUUGCCAGAUCCAAGAAAAUGUGGAUAUCAGUUCGGUAUAUCAGAUCUUUGCUGAUGAAGUGCUUGGUUCUGGUCAGUUUGGAAUUGUGUAUGGAGGAAAGCAUAGGAAGACUGGAAGGGAUGUGGCGAUUAAAGUCAUUGAUAAGAUGAGAUUCCCUACAAAACAGGAAAGUCAACUGCGCAAUGAAGUAGCCAUUUUGCAGAAUUUGCACCAUCCUGGGAUUGUAAACCUGGAAUGUAUGUUUGAAACUCCAGAAAGAGUUUUUGUUGUGAUGGAAAAACUUCAUGGUGAUAUGUUGGAAAUGAUUCUCUCCAGUGAAAAAAGCCGGCUUCCAGAAAGAAUUACCAAGUUCAUGGUCACCCAGAUACUUGUUGCUUUGAGGAAUUUACACUUUAAGAAUAUAGUGCACUGUGAUUUAAAACCUGAAAAUGUACUCUUAGCAUCAGCAGAGCCUUUUCCUCAGGUGAAGCUGUGUGAUUUUGGUUUUGCACGCAUUAUUGGUGAGAAGUCUUUCAGGAGGUCUGUGGUGGGAACCCCAGCUUAUCUUGCCCCAGAGGUGCUUAGGAGUAAGGGCUACAAUAGAUCUUUGGAUAUGUGGUCAGUGGGAGUCAUCAUCUAUGUGAGCCUCAGUGGUACAUUUCCAUUUAAUGAAGAUGAAGACAUAAAUGACCAGAUCCAAAAUGCAGCAUUUAUGUAUCCACCAAAUCCCUGGAAGGAAAUAUCUAGUGAAGCUAUUGAUUUAAUAAACAAUUUGCUUCAAGUGAAGAUGAGAAAACGUUACAGUGUUGACAAAUCACUUAGUCACCCUUGGUUACAGGAUUAUCAAACUUGGCUUGACCUUCGAGAGUUUGAAACUCGCAUUGGAGAGCGUUACAUUACCCAUGAGAGUGAUGAUGCUCGCUGGGAAGAACAUGCAGAUGAACAUAACCUUGUAUACCCGAAACAUUUCAUUAUGGCACCCAAUCCAGAUGAUAUGGAAGAAGACCCAUAAUCAUUUGCGAGGGAAAGGCACUUAAAUUAAAGCAAUACCAAUAUUUUGUUGAAGUGCGUGUUGCUCUCUGCUCUUCAGGUGAUUCAGUGUACAAAGCAAUGAAGGAUCCUGCAUCAGUUUGUGGAUGAACUAGAUGAUCUGGAAAGUAUCUCCACCUCUAGUUUCUAUGACGAUGAAUGUGAUCCGGCACUGGGUUAAAAGCCAUGAAGUAUUUGUGUAACAUUGCCUUACUGGUACAUCACAGUGAUGUUACUGACAGAUGAAGUGCACAGAGACUUGAUGUUUGUGAAUUUUCCAAGUAUUUUGUGAUUUAUACAAUAACAAAACAAUUUUAAUGGUUUUCUAGUUCCUAUCUAUUAAGCCAUAGAAUACUAUUUUCUGGUAUUUAGAUCUAUUAGGAAGCUGUAAAGAAACCUCAACUAUAUAACAUGACCAAAUAAUACAAAAUGCUUGAUUUUUAAAAUCCAUACAAAAUGCUGGUAGAGUAUUUAUUUGCUAAAACAAUAACCAUGAAAGAAGCCCAUAAUGUUGAUUGGGAUGGUUCAAGAUUUGACUGUUAGGCUCCUCAGCUUAAUUACAGCAGUCUCUUGAUAUAUGGAAAUCUUUACUAGUAAAAGUAUUUCAGAUUCCUGUUGAAUAUAGACAUGCUGUUUUAGCCCUUUCAGUUGUAUUAGAACAAUAGACAUAUGCUGGGUUAUUACUGUGUGGCAGAUGUUAGUGUGACUUUUGUGUCUAUAAAGGGCUUUGUAUCUUUCGUCUGAGGGCCAGGACCCAAAGAUGUGAUCUGCAUGUUAUCAGAAGGGAAUGCUUCACUUGUCACACCAAUUCCUUUGGCUAAAUGCAAGUUGUUUAGUUUGAAACACAACAGCUUGUGUCUUCUGCAGUGGGAACUGCUGUGCCAAACACAGUAAGUUGAAGCUCCAGCUACACAUAAAUCUUUCUUGCAUGCAGAUAUCACAUCUUUGUCCAGCCAAGUAGUGUAGAGUGCAUGUGUAAGAUCUGGGUAGUUUAACCUUCCAUGGUGAAAGUCUAUUUGUAGUGGGAAGUUUAAAGUAGUAGUUUAUAAUGAAUACCCCUGUGAAGAAAUGCUUCUGUUUGUUCACUUUUGGUUUGGGGGAUUGACCUGUUUACAAGCAGUCUGACAUAAAAGAAGCUUUCAGUUUUAAAAGAAUAUGGUUAGGGAUUAAUCUUUAUUUAAUUUUCAGUUAAUUCAAGUAACUUUAGAGGAGGCCAUAGUGCAAUAUCCCAUAAUGUCUCUAGUCUCACAGAAGGAGAGGCAGUCAUUUUAUCUUGCCAUGUGACUUUCUAGGUUUGGAGUGUGGAGAGGGGUUUCUUUUCUUCCCUUUUGCUUCUUUUAAACCAUGGUCUCUCAAACUACAGCCCACGGGCCAGAUCCAGCCCUCCAUGCCCGUUUUACCGGCCUGCCCCAGAGGUUUUGCACUUGCUCGCGCAGAGAUCGUUUUGGACUCGGAGAAAAUGAUCUCCGCACAAGCAAGCCACUGCUUUGCCCUGCGCGCCCUUCCAUUUGCCGCGUGCGCGCCCCCACCCCCCCUUGCUGCGUGUGCAUGUCCCGCCCCUGCCCCUCACUGGCCCGUGUCCCCCCCCCCCGCCGCCGGCACCUUUCAACUGGCCCCUUGUUGAAAAAGUUUGAGGACCCGUUUUAAACCUUGGAUAUCAGCAUAAUUACUAGCAGCACUUCUCUUUAUUGACUACCGGUGAUUACAGGGUGGGGGCUGUGGCAUGAACUUUGCCUCAUGCUUAGUGGUUUUGCAGGACCUGACAAAUCCUGCUCAUAAACUAGGAAGGGGCAAUUGGAUAUAAUGCCUUUCUAUGGGCCACUUCCCACCCUUUCAUUGUUGGUGGAUCUAGAGAGCAAAUGCACUCCUGCAUACAUUCUGAGGCUCUUUGGCAGGCGGAAUUCUUGUACCCAUCUUGAGGGAUGCUGUAGACAGCAGGUUGCCACUAUGUGAAUGGAAUGCUGGGCUGGAUGGCCCAGUGGUCUGAUCUAGCAGGGCUUUUCUUAUGUUCUAAUUUAGUUGCAUUGAAAGAGAAGUUAGGAGAAAGGAAAGGAUGAGAAGAGAGGCUGCCUCUGCUGCUCACUCUCUCACAGAUCCAUCUGAAUGGCACUCAUCUGAAUGGGACUCAUCCAUCUGAAUGGGACUUGAUACAGUUCCCUGCCCCUUCUUUCCUGCCAGUGGAUCUGCUUGUCAGAGCCUUUUGUGUAAUGCACACAAGUCUUAAUUGCAGAUAAGGAGAUGCAAAUUGGCAAUCACUCUUUAGUCUAAUGGAUAGAAACAGUUCUACUUUAUUUUAUGGAUUAAAUGGAAUUAACAUGACCAAUUACAGAAUUUAACAAGGAAUCAACAAAAACACAUAAAGGGCCCAAGUCAUUGCUUAUUCUGUGACUAGAGUGUAAGUUACUUGUCACCAGCUGCAUUAGCAGUCCUUCAAUGGGACUUUUCAGCCUGUUUGUUCUGUCAUGUUGCUUCUGCUUUUCUUCUUCCUUUCUGUUGUCUGUUUACACUCCUCCUCUUUCAGGUCUGCCAUUAGCAUCUUCACUGCCAGCAGCAUCUGUGUCACCAACUAACAUAUUCAGUACUUUGCUCUUUCCCUACAUGUUAUACUCUCUCCCCACUUGUCCUGGCUUCUAUAUUGUCACAAGACAGAAGGCAUUACACUUACAAGCAUUUGUGAGUUACAACUAUGUAAAGAGGAGGGCAAGAACUAAGCAGAACAAGGAUUGGCUAUCUUGAAGACAGCACAUCUUUUCUUCAGCAAGGAAUGUUCUUGUGCAUACGUAGCCUCAGUUGGAUUAGACCAACGGAUGCUUUGGACUAGAGAAAUUAUUGAUCAUUUCUGUAGUCCAAAUUUCUAACCAGACACCUUGUGAGAAGUAAUAGAACUAGCAAUUCCCUUCAGGGGCAAAGCUCUAGACAAAUAAAGCUUCAACUGUACAGUUAAAUCAUAAUGGAUUGUAGAAGAGGAUGCAUAAAUUAAACCAAGAUAUUCUUGAGUGGUGCAUAAUGUGCUAUGACACUUGUCCUAUGAAAUGCAGAGUCACAUAUCCAAAAGCAUUUAUCUAGCUUAUCCUGACCUCUGGAGAUGAGAAGGUUAAUAUGCAUACUGAGUUCAGAGGUAUUUUGUGCUCAUAAGCAGCCUCUAUGUGGGUGAAUUAUGUUAAUAAGCGUGGAUGUAACUUACUGUGUCUGAAUAUAUUCACAUAUUAUCACCACUUUGCUAUGGUCUACAGUCAGAUCCUAUAAAAGUCUUGUAGAAAUAAGCUCAUUGAGUUCAGUGGAGCUUACUUCCAGGUAUGUAUAUAUAGGACUGGAGUCCGAGAAUGUUAAGGGACAAUUGAAAACUUCUUCAAAUGUCAGUGAAAUUAAAUUUGGCUCAGUAUAUUUUCCACAUUAAAGUACAACAGUUUGUAAUGGAUUAUUGGAAAACAAAUUCUCUUAGGAAGUUCCUAUUUCCAGAUGAAUGUGGUCUGUAAUUCAAAGGAGUUUAUGAAUCAGCAUAAACAAAUGGAGCUUUCUCUGAAUUUUUCACUGAACUGCUUUUCCAGCAGAAGAGUCACAGCUUUUUGUGGCUGCUAUAUUAGGAAAUGAUAUAUGGAUUAUGCUGCAUUGUAGCAGAAUGUUUGCGUAACUCACUGAUAUUUAUAGUGGGCCCACAAGAAGUAUUGGUCUAAUCCUGGCUGCAUAUGUUUUAUAGCUUUUGAGCACAAUCCUAUGCAAGCUUAGGCAGAAGAAAGGCCUACAUCUCUCAGUGUGCCCCAGUCAGCAUGGCUAACUGGAAGUGGUAGGUCUAAUGUUAAACCUGUGUAGGACUGUACCUUUUGGAAGUGAGCUGUAUCCUUGCAAUUCCUUCUGUGUUUGCCAUCAUAUUCUGAUAUACUUCUUAGUACUUUGAGUAAAACCUAUUUUUUAUUUUACUAGACUAACGCUCAGUUUUAUGUGUUAGUCACUCCCAUGGUAAUCCUGUAUUUUACAUGGUAAUGUAUUAAACUACCACUUCUUUGUGGAGAGCAACCCACAUGAUUUCGCAUUUUCAUACUGACACAUGCUGACCAUGAGGUGUUAAGAAAAUGGGCCUAUAAACUCUUGUAAACUGGUCAGUGGAGUACAGGCAGACAUUCAUCCUUUUCUUGCAGUUUGGCUUCACUUUCACAUGUGGGUUGUAAAAACUUAGAAAUAGAAGUUAUUUCAAGGAAUUCAAUUCUACAAGGAAUGAGUUAGGCUCUUCUAGAAGGUUAUCCUGGUAGAAGGAACAUGAAAUUACCAACAAACUUACUCAAUGUGAAACCUAAAAAAUACUCUCAGUGGUAUUUGUCUCUUACUAGGUAAUUGUAGUUGUAUUGUCAUCUACUACUUGACUUUUCCCACAACAGAUGCUAGAGGCUAUUCUCUCAGUACAGAGAAAUUAUCCACAGCAGAAAUGAAGAUGAUGCAGAUGGAGUUAAAAUGACUGGAAGAAACUACCAAUGUUGGACCUCAGUCUAAAAGAUACAGUCAGAACUUUGUAUUUAUAGGGUAGGCUUGCACAUUAAAGUGGAUAUUUGAGCAAAACUGUAAGUACAGCCAGAGCAAAAUGUUUCUUCUAGAAGUGAAUGUGUCUAUAGGUAUUCCAUUGGUUUUUUUUCAUUGUUCUUUGUACACAUAGCCAGCAAAAGAAUAGGAUCGAAUCUUGUUCCCAAUUUAUUCAUUAACUUUGCUUUUCCCUAUGUCUACCUAGAAAUGAUAUUCAGUGAGUUCAAUGGGGCUUAAUUUCAGGUAUGUGCAUGUACAAGACACAGCUUUAAGAUCAGUGUCAGUAUAGAAUAGCCAUAUUUAAAUAACAAGUCAAGAGGGUACAGUGUAAGUUAUGUUUCCUGGAUUAAAUUUAGCUUGCAGGAAACCUGCUGAGGCUGCAGAAGAGAAAUAACUGGAAUGUUUCUACUCUGUAAUCACUGUUGCACACACUUUACAAACCGUAAUAAACAUGCAUUGCUUUCACUCUUGCUUUCCUAUGAAUGCCUACAAUACUAUUAAAAUCAAAGCUUUAAGUCACAAAGGUUGGCAUUAAUCAUUUGCUCCAGAUUUAACUUGUACCCAGUGUUGCAUUAUCAUUAAUCUUUGUUUUUGAGUUAAGUUGCAUUCAUUGAAGAAAUAGUGCUGUACCAAUGCUAGAAAAUAUUCAUGUAAAACUUGUAGCCUCAAAAAGACACUGUCAAGUACUUUUUUAUAUUUUUAUAUGUCCCAUUGUUUGUAAAUAUCCUCUAAGCUUGAAAAUAAAUUUUAUUUCCCUA